AUGCUCUCUUGGACUAUAGCGACGCUGCUGUGGACCUUCAAGGCCACUUUCUUCUUCAUUCGCUGGGCAUUCUCGGUCUAUCGCUCCCGCGUAUCGCAACACGGUCGCCUCAAGAUUGGGAGCACCUCCAGACGGAGCUCCGUGCCAUACGUCCUGUUAGCGAUUAGUCGACUACACCCUCGCUGCACUCGUCCAGUCCGCCGACGCGCGCUCCUGAUCGGGAUCUCAUACCGAAGAAGGAACAAGGACUGGUGGUUGUACGGGACCCACGGCGACGUGAAGAGCCUUCGAAGGCUUCUCGUCAACCGCUUCGGAUGGCUUCCAUCGGAAAUCACGGUCAUGAUGGACAAGGACGGCGUACCCGACCAUCUAUGGCCUACAGAGGCUAACAUUCGACGUGAGCUCAAAAGCUUUACCCAAGACUGCGCUUCGCGUGAUCGCUUCGUCUUUCUGUACGCCGGACAUGCGGAGCAGAAGGAUGAGCUCAUCAGAAACUCGGAGGCGGACGGCAAAGACGAGUACAUCGUCCCAUGCGACGCACCGAACAUGCAAGGGGAUGGAUGCAUCCUUGACAAUAUCCACUCAGCUUACCCUGAUAAGGCCUUCCUUGACGCGUGCCAUUCCGCCACUUUGUUGGACCUUGUACACGAUAAAUGCAUGUGCCCGGACGGCUGGGUCGGGGGCGUCGUUUCGGCCAUACGAUGGUUGCGCGAGCAAGCCAGCCACGUCCUCGGAAUUCCUAUAUCUGCUCCCAACGUCGACAACGCAGUGAUUCAGCGCCAUGCUGGUGUGGAACGCGUUUGUUCACUCAACUUCCCAGUCAUCUCCGCCAUCGCACGGUUUUCGCACUCUUUGCGCUUCUGUCAGGGCUUCUGUCGUCGAGUGAACCAGCCGGACGAUCCAUGGGUUAUAUGCUUUAGCGCGUGCAAAGACGAGGAGUCCGCUGUUGAGGUGAAGAACGUCUCAAUGACAAAGGUGCUGGUGCGCGUACUAGAGUCUGAUGCGGGUCGAGCACGCAAUCCUUCCCUCGAGGAGCUGCUCUCAGUCGCUCGGUAUAUGCAUCGCUUCACCGUACCCACCGUCAUCAUAUUCAAGCUUCUCCGCAGAAACAAAAUGGCUGCCGACUUUCGGAGGAAGAAGGAAGAAUACCUCAGACGGAGAGCCACCCGGGAGCUGGAGCCAUCUUCCAACCCAGUCCUGCUCAUACCUUCGACUACCGAGCGCUUCACGGCUCUUUUAUUUGGCUCUCCUUUCAUCGCACACCUAGGACUUGCGAUCCCCCUUCCACCAUUAUUGUUUGACCACCGGCCUUGGGAUUUCUACCGCGACGACAAGGACUACGGCCAGAAGUGGCCCACUCCGGCGAGGCUGCAGGUCAGUCCAUGCAAUCAGGUGUUCAAGGCGAAUUGUGUUAACACCAUCGUCGUGCCUGUCAGAUGA